AUGGCGGCCGAAGCAAUUUCGCCCGCGAGCUUCGACGAAGCUCAGCAUCAUGACGAGUAUAUUGACUACUCUGAAGAUGAAGCAGCUGCCCCUACCGUUACGGCCCAGGGCUCCAACCACAACUCAUUCUCCGCCAACGCUCACGUCGUUACCGAAGUUUCCGAAGACGCAGGAAGGACCUCGGAGCUAGACAACCAGACUAUCGAAACAGUCGCGGUCGAGAACAUUACAGUGGCAGGCGAUGCUCCGGCAGAGGGCAGCGUUCAGGAAUCCGUUGGCGCCGGAAACAUGGACAGUACCGCUUUACUCGACAGCGCUGCUGUGAUUGAUGAAGCACUGGAAGGGGUCGAAGAUGCUUCCUUUAACGACAAUGAAAUAAGCUGGGAGGAUGGUCCUAAUGACGACCAAGCUGCGAACCAGACGGAUGACGACGCUGAUGCCGCAAAGCGCGACGAGCAACUGGCUGAAGAGCAGACGGAGGUGCAUGAAGCGGCAGAACUCCCUCAAGACCUGCCAGAAGAACAAGAGCAGCUUCAGGACGACAGUGAAGUAACGUACAAUGAUCUUUCAGGCUAUGCCGACGCCGAGGAUGCCGACCGACAAGAGACGCUAGCCGCAGCUGAUGGCGAUUCCUCCCUCCAAGAGCAGGUCGUCAGCGCCCAGGACGCAGAUGCGGAUGGCGUUCUGCACGAAAUAGAUUACUUCGAAGAUGCCAACCCACCCGCUGACUUGUCUCUUGAAGUCGCAGAAGCUCAAGAAGACAGCCACGAUUUUGGCCAAGAUGACACCCAAAACGCCCAGCCAGACCAGGAUGGCGAGGAUCAUGCCAUGGCUGAAGGCUCUGACUCUGCUUCCCAGCACGAAGCAGAGACCGAUGUUGUUGCGAUUGACGAUGAUGCCAACGACCAGGAUGUGGAAGGUCAGACGGGUCCUGCGGAGGAAAACGCAAUCACUGGCGAAGACCCGUCGGCUUAUGAUCGCAUGGAAUAUGAAGAUGAGCUUCUGGCCAGCGUGCAGUCACCCGAGUCUGACGAUGCCCCGUCGAAUGACGACUCGACAAUCCCUGCCAUCACGGUCAUUUACAAAGGUGUUGAAUAUCCCUUCUUCUACAACUCCCCGGGGAGCGAAGGGAAGGAGUGCUUUUUCGAUGACAUGUCUCUCUUGCAUUGCAAGAUGGAAGGUGUAUUGGCAGGUUUUCGCCGGGAGCUUUCCAAUGAACUUGGCCCUCUCGACGACCUUGUGUUCCAAAUCGAUGAGCUGGGAUUAGAGUUCACUGAAUCUACGCAAACUGAGAUGUUCUCCGACAUUACUUUGGGGCAGAUUAUUUCCGUGUUUGACUCCCUCGUUAAGAAUGGAGACCCCGAAGACCCUGAUGCGUCGAAGCCACUGUAUGCGUUUCUAACCACACGACCGAACUGCAAGAAAAGGUGGUUGUCGCUUGUCGAAGAUGCCUACGAUGGCAAAGGACUCGAUGAAGUUUGUUACCACUUCGCAUCACCGGUGCACAGCGAUGAGGCUGAGCCCGAAAUAUUGGAUGACGAGCCGGGCAUGAUUGGGGAGGAAGACAAUGCAGAUGCCGCUGCUUGGCCAAAAUCACCAGGUGAAAGCCAGCACGGUGACCAGGACGAUGACCCAGGCGAUGUUGAAGAAGAAAUCGAUCACGAUACUACGAUCGAUCAAAGCACUCAGGCUGAACAAGACGCAAAGGUCGAACAAGAUGAGGUGGACGAAGAUGACGACGUUGGAACCGGUAUUGCUGAGGAAGAGGAGGGUACCACCCAAAUCGACAGCACGGCCAUGGAGGACACCCUCGAUGCAGCGCUUACCGUCGGUGAAGACCUGGAUGCCGAGGCAACUAUGGUUGAGACGGAUGUCCAUCUCAUGGACGAGUCCACUGUCGUGGCAGACAUCGACCUCACUGAAAACAACAUGUCGGACAUGGUGGAGGACCAGGAGCCCCAACCAUCUGGGGAGAAUGCUCCAGAAACCGAUACCUCUAACCCCCUGAUCGACGUGGACACGGACGGGGCCGACCUUCUCAACUUUGAUGGGGACGACCAGAACUGGCCGAAUGACGAAGACAGUACGGCCAUCAUGGAUCAGAUCAUCGAAGCCACCGAUGAGAACUCGGCGAACAAGGUAACCCCUAACACCAGCGCAACAUCAACUUUGAACGGCGACGAGGUCACGUACGAAACCAACGAUCUCGACAUGAACGCCGAUGUUAUGGAUAACGACGCCGAGACUGCCGACGCUGGAGGCCAGAAUGACGAAUACAUCGGCCUGGCUCUGGCCAUGGCAUCAAGUUUAGCCAUUGGUAUAAGUUUUGUGAUCACAAAAAAGGGUCUCAUGCAAGCAGAGGAACGCCAUGGAUUUGAAGGAGAUGGCUUCGUGUACCUCAAGAGCCCGGUAUGGUGGGCUGGUAUUUCGACCUUGGUUGUCGGAGAAAUCUGCAACUUCGCAGCAUACGCCUUUGCGCCAGCGAUUCUCGUCACCCCUCUAGGAGCCUUGUCCGUUCUGAUCGGAGCUGUUUUGGGUUCAUACUUCUUGAAGGAAGAGCUUGGUGUCUUGGGUCGCCUGGGCAGUGCGAUCUGCCUGAUUGGCGCUGUCAUCAUCGUCCUUCAUGCGCCCCCAGACGAGGACAUUCAGACCAUUGACCAGAUCCUGCACUAUGCCAUUCAGCCUGGUUUCUUGCUGUACGCCUUCGCAGUCACCGUCUUCGCGGUUGUCAUGAUUUACAAGGUUGCGCCGGUCCACGGAAAGAAGAACGCCCUGAUUUACCUCUCAAUUUGCUCGACCGUCGGUUCGGUGUCGGUCAUGUCUGUGAAGGCUUUCGGCAUUGCUCUAAAGCUCACCUUCGCCGGAAACAACCAAUUCUCCCACCCGUCGACCUACGUCUUCAUGAUUCUGACGGCCGUUUGCAUCCUGACGCAGAUGAACUACUUCAACAAGGCGCUCGCCCAAUUCCCCACAAACAUCGUCAACCCGCUUUACUACGUAACGUUUACGACCGCUACCCUUUGCGCCUCCUUCAUCCUGUUUGGAGGCUUCAACACCACCGACACUGUCAACACGAUCUCUUUGAUCUGCGGUUUCCUGGUCACCUUCACCGGCGUCUACCUGCUGAACCUUUCGAGAUCCGAUCCCAAUGGACACCACCUGAUUAAUGGCCGGGGCGGUGCAGAUGCUAUGGGCACGGACAUGGUCUCAACCAUUCAAACCCGCCUUAGCAUGCAAGCCCGCAGGAGCACCGACCCUCGAUUGAGCAUUGGCAGCCGCCACGGCGACACGACGGGUCUGAUGAGGGCCUACGACGAGGAGGCUGGUGCCGAAUUCGGUUUGACCGACUUGGCGGAGGAAAGCGACGACGAGAACGACCGCCGCCGAGCGAACGGAUCCGCCAACGGGCACUCCAAGUCAUACAACGAGACCAUCGAGCUGCAAAAUCAGAGGCCCGAUAGGUAA